AUGUCCAAGCUGAUUGUAGACCCUUCCUUGAUUCAAUGGAUUGUCUUAAACCUUAUCUCCUUCCGCGUUCUCGAUGGUCACUUGGUCCUUCGCCUCGAUACUCGCCCUCCUGGUCUCUACUAUCGCGAAUGGUGGUGGAAGAUCGGACGCGAUAUCACCUACAAAUUCUUCAGCGGUGGUGGCGAGAAUACCUACAUGGAUGCCAUGUUUUUAAGACGCCACGUUGACUUCGUUGCAAGGUUGUGCCCAAAUGGGUUCCCGGAGAGCGAGGCGGCACGGAGGCUUGAUAUACUGGCACAUACAAUUGGAGCCAAAAUGAAAGCGGGCCUGGUAAUGGAGGAAGAAGGAACAAGAAACAUCACCCGAGAAACCGGUCUCGUCGGCGGCGGUGAUGAGGUUGCCGGGGAAGAGGAGUUGUUUGAAGAGGGGGUUCCUGGACUUGGAGUGAGGUUGGAGGAGGGGUUGAUAUAUCAGGAAUUGGCGUCCGAUGCUGCUCUGGGCAGAUUGCCGGGUAUGGGCAUUGUUAGGGCCGAAGAAUAG